AUGGCCUACCUCUCCACCAUGCGCUUUAUCCCCGUCUACCACCGCUGCCUCUUGUUUUCUGCAUCCUCCUCGCCUCCCGUCGUCACUCCACGGCGCCUUGUCCGUACACUGUCAUGCCACGGCCGCGAUCUGCUCGACGUAAUGCCCAACAGAGGCAGCAGGCCCCCAGGAACGGAGGAAAGCAGAGCAGGCAAAACCGGAGCACCGCGUGGCACAAACGGACCAACUGUGAGAGAAGACGCCACGGCACAGGAGGCACGUACACCGUUGUGGAGGGAAGGGAGCCGUGGCGCGCCAAGGACGUGGAAGAAAGGGGACAGGGUUGUGCUACAAGAACGUGCGGAGGGGGAGUCACAAGAGAGGAGCUGGAAGCGAGGACUGACACGGAGUUUGGGGUCAGAAGGGCCCAGGGAGGGGAAGCGCUCGACUAGAGACGGAAAUGGAACGCGGGCAAAAGGAUCUGGAAAGGUUGGAAAUUCAAGAGAUGAGGGUACAGGAACACGAAACGCGAGUAAGAAAAUGAAGAGAUCAAAGGAUGGUGAGCAUGCAGGCAAGCUGAGAGUUGAGCUGGACAUGUGCUCCAAGAGAGGAGAUGUGAUGGGGGCGAUCGCUCUGUAUGAUUCCGCAGUUGAGGAGGGGAUCAGGUUGGGGCAGCAUCACUACAAUGUGCUCCUUUACCUGUGUUCUUCAGCUUCUCUUGGUUUUGUGCAGCCAGCAAAAAGUGGUAAUACCAGUAGCGGUAUCGCCAGUAUUGGUCCUUCACAGAAACUUGAUCCUUUACCCAGUGGAAACUUGGGAGGUUCAGAGGGAGAUGAUGCAUCUGAAGGUCAUGUUCAAGAUCUGGGGAAAAACAAGGCCAGUUUGCUUCCAGGUGGUUCGAAGGCACAAACAGUUAGCAUACCAGUAGGAGAUGAUCUCAGAGAGUAUGCAUGUGCACGAGGAUUUGAGAUAUUCGAGAAAAUGUGCUCAGAGAAAGAGAGGGUUCAAAUGAGUGAGGCUGCUCUGACUGCAAAGGCACGUAUGGCGUUGUCCAUGGGUGACAGUGACAUGGCCUUUGAGAUUGUGAAACAGAUGGAAGACCUGGGUUUAAAGCCAAAGUUGCGCUCAUAUGGUCCUGCUUUAACAGCAUUUUGCAACAGUGGUAAUGUUGAAAAAGCAUUUGAAGUAGAAGCCCAUAUGUUGGAAUCUGGAAUCACACCAGAAGAAGCUGAGUUGGAGACACUUCUCAGGGCUAGUGUGGUUGGUCGACGCGGAGACAAGGUAUAUUAUUUGCUGCAUAAGUUUAGGACUACUGUCAGACAGGUAUCCCCUUCUACAGCUGAAUUGUUUGAGGCUUGGUUUCGGAUCCCAACAGCAUCUAAAGUUGGGAAGAGAAAGUGGGAUGCAGGUGCUAUAGCGAAGGCUAUUGAGAAUAAUGGAGGGGGUUGGCAUGGGUUUGGUUGGUUGGGGAGGGGGAAAUGGACAGUGACACGCUCAAACAUCAACAAGAAUGGUGUCUGCCUUGCUUGUGGAGAAAAGCUGGCUAUUAUAGAUCUUGACCCAAAAGAAACAGAAGAGUUUGCCAGAUUUGUGGCAAAAAUAGCUAUCAAGAGAGAGAGGAACUCGAACUUUGAGAACUUUCAGAAAUGGCUUGAAAAACAUGGGCCUUUUGAGGCAGUCGUGGAUGCUGCCAAUGUUGGCCUGUUUAGCCACAGACAUCUUUCUUUGAGUAAGGUUAAUGCUGUUGCUGAUGCAAUAAGGCAAAGGUCAAGAAAACGACCUUUGAUAGUUUUACAUAACAAGCAUCUCACUGGAGAACGCAUGAAAAAACCUGGCCAUCAUAAGUUGGUAGAAAAGUGGAAGCAAGCAAAUUCAAUAUAUGCAACCCCUACUGGCUCAAAUGAUGAUUGGUACUGGCUGUACGCUGCUAUCAGAUGCAAAUGCUUGAUCAUUACCAAUGAUGAAAUGAGAGACCACACAUUUCAGAUUUUGGAAAGGAAUUUCUUCCCCAAGUGGAAGGAAAGGCAUCAGGUACACUUCAGUAUUGAAGACAGCUGCGUCACACUUCAAAUGCCACCUCCAUACUCAGUUGUAAUUCAGAUCCGUUGGGUGAUGAGAGGUUCUGAAGGUGAUGAGAGGCCAAAGUCCAAGAUACAUCAACUGAAUUUUGUCUAUGUUUUUAUCUUUGAUGUCUUCGAAGAUGACUCGCUGACCAUAGGACAGUCUUUAGUAAAUGGGCAAACACUAGUUUCAGCGCAAGGUACUUUUGUGCUAGGCUUCUUCUCGAAUGGGGACAGCUCGUAUCUAGGGAUAUGGUAUAAUUACUUGAAACCUCAAACUAUUGUCUGGGUGGCUAACCGUGACACGCCAAUCAAGGGAGGCAAUGGGAGUGUUUUCGUCAGCACGAGCUCUCUUGACCUUCUGGAUAGAAGAGGAAACAAAGUGUGGUCGAGUGGUACACUCAACACCAACAGCCCACAAGCAUUCCUUCUGGAUUCUGGCAACCUUAUCAUCAACGACUCAGCGUCUGAGAACCCAAAUCCACUAUGGCAAGGUUUUGAUCAGCCCUGCGACACACUGUUGUCCGGUAUGAGGAUUGGGUAUGACAUGUCCACUAGUCACAACGUGGGACUCAGAUCCUGGAAGAGCAAUCUGGAUCCGUCACCUGGGGACUACUAUAUUGGGCUCGAUCCAAAUAGACUGCCUGAGUUGCUCUUGUUCCAGGGCACUCUUUUGAUUUACAGGACUGGGCCAUGGAACGGCCAGGGAUUCAGCGGUCUUCCCGCCCUGAAGAUGACAAAUGUGUUGGUCUACAACAUGACUGUUGGUGAAGGCAGUGCGUAUUACUCGUUCACUGCUUUGGACCGGUCGAUGCAGUGGCGCCUUGUCGCCAGCCCAGAUGGUCAUGCUCAUCGCUGGCACAGCAACACAAGCAACGAGUGGGUCGAGUACUGGCAUUUGCCUCAGGAUCAAUGUGACGCCUAUGCGUAUUGUGGUCCAAAUGCCGCGUGCUACAACUCUGAUUGCCACUGCCUACAAGAAUUUGUCCCCAAGUCUGAGAGCGACUGGAACCAGAGGACAUAUGCAGGUGGCUGUGUGAGAGAUGUGGUGUUGCCUUGCUCAAGGCCAAUGGGUCAUGGUUUCGCCCAUCUGUCACAUGUCAAGGUGCCUGACACGCUGAAUGCCACCAUGGUGGUUGGUAAGGGAUGGGACGACUGCAGGAAGUUGUGCUUGGGAAACUGCUCUUGCAGCGCUUAUACUGUUUUUGGAGAUAGUGAUUGUGUGACCUGGUCAGGCGAUCUGGUAGAUAUUGUUCAGCUUACAGAAGGGAUCAAUGACUUGUACACUCGAAUUUCUCAUGGUGAUCCAUCCCAUUCCCAUAGAGAUAGAAACAUUGCUAUCAUUGUUUCUGUUUCCACCAUUGGGACGGUGCUGGUGAUUUCUGCAUUGCUAGGUUUUUGUUAUCAUCGAACACGACAAAAGCAUUUGCCACUAUCGAAUGAAGUGUUUGGAGCAGAACAUGAGCAUGCACCAGGGCCUAAGCUUGCGGCUCCCCUUGAGAAGAAUUUAGACCUGGAUACUAUUAGAGUCUCCACCAAUAAUUUUUCCAAACAAAAUAUUAUUGCUUCUAACGGAUCUAGAACCAUCUACAAGGGAAUACUACCAAAUUUUUCGGAUUUGGCAGUGAAAAGAUUAAACAUGGAAAUAGGACUUAUGGAGCUGAAUAAUGAGGUGAAAAUGCUGGCAAGGCUUGACCAUCCAAACAUCAUAAGGAUGCUGGGAUCGUGCAUAGGAAAUAAUGAGAACAUGAUAUGCUAUGAAUACAUGCCUGUUGGUAGUCUUGAUGCAGUUCUUUUCGCUGAAGAUGAGAAAAGUGGAGUCCCUGACUGGUCUUCGCGUUUCCACAUUAUGCAAGGGAUUUGUGAAGGAUUGUUAUAUCUGCAUGAGCAUUGCAGAAUCGUUCAUCGUAAUAUAGACCCUAGUAAUAUUCUACUUAGCGAGGGCUUCAUCCCGAAAAUUUCAGGUUUUGGGCAUGCAACAGUUCUCGAUCUAGACCUAUCUGAUGGGAAGGCUGAGAACUUCAGGGGAACAUCUGGAUACCGCGCUCCUGAGUUGUUUUAUGGCGAGUACUCUGUGAAGUCCGAUGUGUACAGCUUUGGUGUAGUACUUUUGGAGAUAGCAACAGGCAGCAAAGCUACAUCAUUUUGUAGAGAUCUUGCUGAUGACUUCCCAAGAUAUGUUCGACAACAUUGGACCCAGGGAACGGCUGAUCAGUUAAAAGAUCCAAGAAUUGGUGACGCUCCUAAAGGAGAGUUUGAAAGAUGCAUUCAUAUAGGUGUCCGUUGUGUUCAGGAAGAUCCGUCCGUGAGGCCUACCAUGUCAUUCAUCAGGAACACAUUAUCAGCAAUCCGGCCUUAG